AUAUAGAAGUAGAUUUCAGUUUCUUUGCAUCAUUUCUGUAUUCAGUUUUUAAAAUUCUCUCAUAACCCUAUUGAGUGUUUUUUAACUAAAUUAACAUGGCUCGAAUGAACCGCCCAGCUCCAGUAGAAGUCACAUAUAAGAACAUGAUAUUUCUUAUUACACACAAUAGAACCAAUCCAACAUUAAACAAAUUUAUAGAGGAACUUAAGAAGUAUGGAAUUACUACAAUAGUAAGAGUAUGUGAAGCAACUUAUGACACACUUGUGGAGAAAGAAGACAUCCAUGUUCUCGAUUGGACUUUUGAUGAUGGUGCACCAUCAUCCAACCAGAGUGUCGAUGACUGGUUAAGUCUUGUAAAAAUUAAGUUCUAUGAGGAACAGGGUUGUUGUAUUGCUGUUCAUUGUGUUUCAGGCCUUGGGAGAGCUCCAGUGUUAGUUGCCCUAGCAUUAAUUAAAGAUGGAAUGAAAUAUGAAGAUGUAGUACAAUUCAUAAGACAAAAGCGGCGUGGAACUUUUUUCUUUUUUUUCCUUUGGAGAGCUUUUAACAGCAAGCAACUUUUAUAUUUGGAGAAGUAUCGUCCUAAAAUACGGCUGUGCUUCAAAGACUCCGAUGUUCAUAGAAACAACUGUUGA